AUGGGCGAGCAUAAUCUUCUUAAUAGCGGGUUUGUGGGACCUUUGGUAAACAUCCACACGGGAGACACAUUUUACCUUCCAAACUUUAGAGCGUCCGGUGGACAACUGGCGGGUCUACCCUCACUCUCCUACCCAAGAAGGGACAAUGUAUGCUCCCUCCCUUGGACCCCGUCAGAGCCGUGCAAUGGAUAUCCUCAAUCUUACUUUAGCAGUCCUAUGUCCAUUAACCCCUCUUUCAACCGUACAUGCGAAAUUACGAGGCAAGAUGAAGGCAAAUGUUUUUACACCAACGGUGGUGGUAACAGAGAAAUCUGCGAAAGCUCAAACCUCAAGCGCGAGGAGAGGACAAGAGGAGAGUCUUGUUCCUCCAUAACGGUGGAUCAUCUGCACAACGGGAUGACAAACAACGGUACCUUUUCUAAGUACGACUACAGCAACGACCAAUUAAACCAAGAUCCGCCAUCCUGUCAGUCUCUCGAAUCUGACUCCAGUUCAUCGCUGCUCAAUGAAGGGAGCAAAUCCUCAUCCGGCAUCGCACAGGCGCUGACAUCCCCUGGCAAUCCGCUCCACUCAUUCUCAUCACCAGGUGCUCCGUGGUACCCAAUGCAUACACGAACCAGAAAGAAGCGUAAACCCUAUUCCAAACUCCAGCUGGCAGAGCUAGAAGGAGAGUUCAUGUUGAAUGAAUUCAUCACCCGGCAGCGACGGAGGGAGCUAUCUGAGCGCCUGAAUCUCAGCGACCAACAGGUGAAGAUAUGGUUUCAAAACCGCAGGAUGAAGAAGAAGAGAUUGAUGCUUAGAGAACAAGCUUUGUCCUUCUUCUAAGAGAGAGAGAUGUAAAGAGAGGAAAGAAUAAUGUGAAGAAAGAUGUAUGUAAUCUCAUUGAAACAUGCAAGUGAUUAUGUUAUUGUAGAUGGGCUGUACACAGCAUGCAGUCUCCUGACGGCCUUUAGAUAAGGAUAUUUUUACUGUGACAAAAUAACUUUAGCCAAUUCUGCUCAGACAACCGACCAAAUUAUGGUAAAUGAUCGUCCAGUAUUUCAGAUCUCCAAUAUUGCAAUAGUCCAUGCUCAUUAUAUAUUUAGCCUAAUUACUGUCCUGCAAACAGUAGGCCUGAAAUUAACACAUUCAUUCCAUAACGGACUUGAAAUUCGCGCUUGGUAUUCUUUAUGAUCCAUCGCUGCAGACCACAGGCCAAAUAUCUAUGGACUUGGCUGUAAUUCUUUAAACUAGCCUACAUGCUGUGAGGUUCAACCUAUAUUUGCAGCUUGGAGAAAAUGUUCUAUACAUUACAAACAUUACUCCAAAUGAAAUAAGGCUAUGUGUUAACAAGGCUUACCAAAUCGGUUAAGACUCUUUUCAGGUUCUAAAAUGAAUGUAUGGAUGUGAUUUAAUGUAAAUACAUUACUAAAGACUUUCGUUGCAAUGAACAGUGUAGCCUACAAUCUUCUAUUCAUAUCCGGUUGAAAAUAUUUGCUUACACGUGAAAGCAAGCUAUGUUUUCCAUCAACUCUGCACAUUAUAGGAACAUCCACGAUCAAGGGCAAACACAGUGUUAUCUUGGUAUUCGUUACCCUGAUGUUAUAUUAAAGCACUAUGCUUUUCAAUACAAUACAAUAAUGAACAAUAGUUCACCUGUGUUAUCACCGACUGUGAACACUAGAGCCAUGGGUCAACACUAUCCAAGAUAGCCCAGACACACCAACAUGUGCUUAAACAAGCGCAAGCAAACGCAGUGCACGCAGUGUGUGCACUAUUGAAGACAGUGAGAAGCUGUUUGAAGGUGUUUGGAAGUGUGCAAAGGACUGUGCUGCUAUAUUUGUUGAAUGUGAUUCUCAGAUUCUCAGAGGGUGUAAGGUAAUAUAACUUCGUAACGACGACAGAGAUCUCUCUAUUGCAAUAGUCAUUUACGGUUUAUGCAGCCAAAUAUAUUUCCACCCAUACACGAACCCACUCUCUUAAGUAAUCAAAAUGGCAGUUUAUUCUAUACUGAAUAUAGAACCAUACUUUUUUUUCUGUUUAGAAUUAUGCAUUGGCCACGCCUGAAGUCGUUUUCAUUUCAAUUAUAAAAGUGUUUUUAAUCGUGGCGUAGGCUACUACAUUUUAGAAGUCAAGCCUUUCAACACCAAAUCUAAAAAUCACUUUUCGUUUAUAGACUAUUUA